CUACUUUCAAGCACGUCGUCUGCUUGUUACUAUGUUUCCUUUCUCGUGCUUUAACUAAAAAAAACAAAGACUGAUCGUGUUAAAAGGAAGUUUCUAGAAACUUUCAAACAUGGCUUGCGCAGAUUCAAAAGUUGACUUCGAUACGAUUCCUCUUAUUGCACUUAAUGUCACUUGUCGAAAAAAGUUGGGACUUUAUCUGAACCCCAGAACCACAGUGGCCUCGGACUGGAUGGCUGUUGCAGAAGUCAUGGGCUUUUCUUACUUGGAGAUCAAAAACUACGAGGAUACAAAAAACCCCACUCUGAGGAUCGUGGAGGAUUGGCAGGUUCGGACUGAAGCCACAGUGGGAAAGUUGUUGUCAAUCCUAACGGAGGUGGAGAGAAACGACAUCGUAGAAGAUCUCCGUCCUUUGAUAGAGGAAGAUGUCAGGAAAUACUGUGCGUACCAGAAGAAGAAGGAGGCAGCUGAUCCCCCAGUUCAGGUUCCUGUAGUGGACAGCUGUGUCCCUCGCACCCCUGAAAGGUGUGGUAUCACCCUGGAGGAUGACCCUGAAGGUGCUCCUGAGCUGUUUGAUGCCUUCAUCUGCUACUGCCAGAGUGACAUCGAGUUUGUCCACGAGAUGAUCCGAGAGUUGGAACAGACGGAUCACAAUCUGAAACUGUGCGUGUUCGACAGAAAUGUCCUCCCAGGCUCCUGUGUUUGGACUAUCACUAGUGAACUCAUUGAGAAAAGAUGUAAGAGGAUGGUGGCUGUGAUCACAGAUGAAUAUCUUGAGAGCGACGCCUGUGACUUUCAGACUAAGUUUGCUCUCAGCCUCUGUCCUGGAGCUCGAAGUAAACGGCUUAUUCCAGUGGUGUACAAGUCAAUGACAAAACCCUUCCCCAGCAUCUUACGCUUCCUCACCAAAUGUGACUACACCCGGCCUUGUACACAGGCCUGGUUCUGGGGACGGCUGGCCAAAGCUCUUUCACUGCCAUAAUUGUGGACCAGGCAGUUUAGAGUUGCCUUUUUAUUCCAUCUAAUGGAUUAUGUGUGUCACGCAAUGCCCAAACAUGACAGGUUUACCUUUUUGUGCUAUUGCUUGUGAUCAAAUCCAGCUGGCUUAUGAAACCACUUCUCAUUUACUGUGUCUUCAUUUUAUGUUACUACAUGGCUUCCCUUUGAAAAUGACAUAGUGGUUACUGAACAUUAUUAUGAUGAAACUCAAAUGGCACAACGAUACUGAAUAUCAGAAAUGGUUCUUACUGCACACAGCUGUUAUUUAAAAUUCAAGAAUACUGAAGGUUAUAUAGUAUUUAUUGAGCUACAUUGGUAUCUUGGUAUUCAGCAUGUACUAAAUGCUCUGUGAACAUUGUGGAUGCUUUGUAAAAUGCUCUUCGGGCCACUUCCUCUUUUGAGUCAACUUCUAGAUGAGAUUAAAGAUUCAAGAGGAAGCGAUAUUGUGAUACUUUCACAAACUUGCAAUAUUUUAACUGCCUGUUGACACCUGCCUUUCUCUCCCACGUUCUCUGUCACAUAUAUUUACAUUUGAUUCUGUAUUUUUCUAUGGUCUUAAUAAAAA